AUGAAGUCCUACAUCGCUCUCGUCCUUGCGUCCACCGCAUUGGCUCUCCCCCAGACAUCUAGCUCCUCUGGCUGCCCUUCCUCCGCCUCAGGGACUUUCCAGAUCCAGACUGUCAACAAGCCCAGCUCCAAGCGUGGUCUUGAGGAGCGCCAGCUUGCUGGUGCCCUCACCCUGACCCUUCAAAAUGGUAUCUUGAAGGACCAGGCCGGUCGCCAGGGAUACAUCGCUGCCAACGACCAGUUCCAGUUCGACGCUCCCGUCCAGGCUGGUGCUCUCCAGACCGAGGGCUUUGCUCUCUGCAGCAACAACUCCCUUGCUCUGACCUCCGGUCAACGCCCCUUCGGUGCUACCACCUUCUGGCAGUGCUUGUCUGGAGACUUUUACAACCUGUAUGCCGACUCCCAGGGCAUGCAGUGUGUGCAAAUCUACAUCCAGGCUGUCAACCAGGGCUCUGGUUCCGCCUCUCAGAUCAGUGAUGGCCAGCCUCAGGCUACCACCCCCGCUGCGUCUGCUACCAAUGCAGUUUCUCAGAUCCCUGAUGGCCAGCCCCAAGCCACCACUCCCGCUGCUUCUGUCUCCAGGGUUGUUUCCCAAAUCUCCGACGGUCAGCCUCAGGCCACCACUCCUGCCGCCUCUGUUCCCGCCGUCGUCUCCCAGAUCUCUGAUGGUCAGCCCCAGGCAGGCACGCCCGUGCCCUCUGCUUCGCACGUUGUCUCCCAGAUCUCCGACGGCCAGCCCCAGGCAGGCACGCCCGUGCCCUCUGCUUCGCACGUUGUCUCCCAGAUCUCCGACGGCCAGCCCCAGGCAGGCACUCCUGCGCCUUCCGUCUCUCGUGUCGUCUCUCAGAUCUCUGAUGGCCAGCCUCAGGCCGGUACACCUGCUCCCUCCGUUUCCCGCGUUGUUUCCCAGAUCUCCGACGGCCAGCCGCAGGCUCCUGUCGCCACUGGCAACACCACCGUUUCGCGCCCUAACGCGACCUCUACCCAACCCGCCCAGUUCACCGGCGCUGCUGCCUCCACCACAUUCGGUGCUGGUGCUCUCGCCGCUGGCCUCAUGGGUAUGUUCGCCAUGUUGUAA